AUGAUUAAUCAACAACAUUUAGUUGAAAUAGAAAACAGUAGCAUAGAUCAAAUUACUAAUAGAUGCAUUGAUAUAUCAGUUACAAACGUAGAAAAUGAUUUAUUAUCUUCAACACCAUUGACAACUGAAGUAACAACGAGAUCAAAUGCAAUUUCAAAGUUAUUAUAUUUGGAUGGUCUUCGAGGAAUACUUUGUUUAAUUGUCGUAUUUAGUCAUGCUCUAUUAAUGGGUGAGACAAAGCAUGAAGAGAAAUUUUCAAUAUUUUUUCGGCCUUGGAUGCAACAUUCGCCACUACGUUUAUUGGUUGCAGGAGAAUUUGCUGUGGCUAGUUUUUUUGUACUUUCUGGAUGUGUUCUUGUAAGAAGAUAUUUUGAACUUUUCAAUGACAUUAGUAUUUUAUUUAGUGGUACCAUUCGUCGAUUUCCACGACUUUUCAUCCCUUCAAGUGUUGCUCUGUUGUUAUAUUUUUCUAUACUACAUUUUCGACCAUUCUAUGGUUUUAAUGAAUGUCAUGAAAUCGGUGAGGGCAGUGUCAACGCAGAAAACAUUGGCCUUGGAUAUGUUCUUUUAAAUACAUUCGGACAAUAUUUUUGGAUGCCAGCAUUGUAUACUAUACAAUGUGAUUUAGAUGCGUGUGGACUUCUAAAUUUUUGCCAUUCAAUAAAACAACAUUGGUCAAUUUCUCUUAAAUUAAGUCUACUUUUGUUAACAAUCUAUUUUGGUUCAUAUCCUGUUUUCAAUACAGAUGUAUUAAAUGGUAAUGGAACAUUAUGGUCACCUUUUCGUUGGAUGUUUGGUUGGUUUUGA